UGAAAGGGAUACAAGACAGGAUCGGUAAAUCCUAUUGGAAGAUACACGAGGAUUAUCUCAAUAUGUUUGAGAUCACUGAAAGCAAGAUGAUUGAGGUAAUGAAUGAAAAUUGUGAAAAGAUUGAAAAUUUCUUGAAAAAGUAUCGAUCUUACUCAUCCUAUAAGGGAUAUAAUUUGAAGAUACUGAAAUUGUUGGAAUUGAGAAGAAGGUAUCAAAGGUUAUCUCGUGAAUUGGAGACAGAAGCACAUUUUAGGUUACGAGAGCUACAGGAAUAUGAAUAUGAAUUGAGAAUGAUUUCAUUGAUGUUGCAAGCAUCGCAGAGGGAGUUGCAAGAGUUUGAGGAUGUAUUGGUAGAAGAACUUGAAAAGAGAGAUACAGAGCUCAAGAAAUAUCACAUGACAUGA